UGGGCUUCGAGGAGCCCUGUGGGGAGAAGCUUUGGCCCCUCAAGGGAUGGAGGUGGGAUCCCCAGGGGUGGACGGGUGUGGGGUGAGGUUCAACCAGGUCUCCCCAUCCCUUCACCAUCCUGAAAUCCCUCCAUGCAUCCUCCUGCCUAGCACACCAUCCAUCGCUUCUUCCAUCCCCAAGGGCCUUCAUCCUUCCCACUGCAGCCACCUCCUCUCACCCUCUCCAUCUCCCACAUCGCUGUGUCCUCACACAGCAAAGCUGCCCUGGGGCUGCCCCAGCCCGGCGAUGCUCCUGCCCUUCCUGAGAGAGGUGAAGGGACAGGGAAAGGUCACCCAAGGGAGAAAGGAAACCCUCACCUCCCACCCUGCAGAGACAGGGGGUCACCUCGGAGCAGGGGAUGUGAUGGGCACUGAGGGAAGCACCCAGCCCUGCUGGCAUCCCCAGGGAGGAGGUGCUGGCGCCCGGGAAGCGCAGGCAGAUCGUGCUUUGGCUGCUCUUGGAGCUGAAGGGAAGGAUCGAAAAGAAAUUAGGUCACGCUCCCCUUGUGCCGGGGCUUUGGCUGCACAAACCACGUGGCGAUUAGGGACAAGGGUCCUUCUCCAGGAUAUUUUGCAUAAUUUCCCCUUGUUUUGCAAUUUCCAAGAGCUUAAGUGAGAAGAAAAGCCCUGUUUUCCCCGUGCUCCAGCGAUCGCUGGUCCCAGGCUCACCCAGCGCUGUGUCCCUCGACCGCUGCUCGCUCCCCUCUGAAAUCCACUCUGCUGUCCCCUCUCCAAAGCUCCCGCCUGCUGCGCGACCACCCCUGACCCACCGUCCUGUCCUGCUAGCAUGCAGGACUUUGGCUCCAGGGCAGAGUCUGCCCUCAGCUGCACCGCUCAUUCAUUCCACUGGUGCCUUUCCAACGCCCCCGUGAACACCCGGGGUCUGCAGCCUCAGCCAGCUGAGCCUGGGCUGGGGGCACCCACCAGCUCCCUCGCUGCUUCCCGGGAUGUGCACAGGGGCCAACCUGCAGGCACCAUCCCACAGGGACGCGCUUGCCCUGGACGAGGGAUUUUGCAGCACCUCAUCCCUCGUGCAUCCAUAAAACAGACAGGGCAGGAGCAGGCAUCACCUCCUCAGCUCCCUGUCCUUCCCUGCGGCAUCUUCCAUCUCCUGCUCCGGCUGCGAGCCCGAAUGCUCGGCUCAGACCUCACUGUGACUGUGCUUGGUCGCUCCUCAAAAAGCUGGAGAGGCUGUGGCCAGCGAGAGCUUUGCUGGGGACAUCAGGGAGGAGCAGGAACAGGCCCAGUGGUGACGUGUCCUCAGGGUGGACUGAUGUGAAUCAGGAAUUCAAAGCACUGAUUUUUUGAUCGUGACUAAGAUAAGGAAGCAGGACACCUGGUGAGAUAAACCUUGCCAAACGCCACCUUCUUUGGCAUUGUUCUUUUUGGUGGUUUUCCCAAGAGGAAGCUCACGCAGGAACAGUUAAAUUGCUCUGCUGAGAGCUGACCCUGCUCAGGCUUUCUCAGCCACCCAAGCCCCAUACCUGCACUCUCCUCCAAGAACCUUGCUGCUGCUCAGGAUUUUUCCUUAUGCAUUUCUCACACCAGGUUAUUACUUUUUGUUUAUUGGCUUCUUCGUAUCUUGGCUGUUGACCUAUGCCUUUGGUCUCUGGAUCCUGCGGCACCUCUAGUUGGGCUGAAGGCUUCACGCACACUUCCUGUCAGAGGCUGGAAGAGGAAAAUAAAUCUCCCUGUGCCUCAUCUCUGGGCAGCAUUGCAGCUUGGGGAGAUGCAGCUGCUGGGCUGGAACCAGUAUGACCAGCACAGCGUUCUUGGCAUCAGAACCAGCCCCGUGGGGCCACCGCUGGUGCUUGGAAGCUCAGGGUUUUCCCUCCUGAUUCUGGGAAAACAGCAAGUUCUUCCCACUGUUAAUGUUUGAUCAGGACCUGCCUGUUGCUCUCUGAACUCAUCCCCGUAAUAAAGCCAGGCACCUGCCCGCGCUGCCCACGGUGGGAAGGAAGCCGCGGGAUGUUUGACGGGAGCCCAAAGCUGCAGCUCAGCCCACAACUCAAACAGAGCACGGAGGUACGUGCGGCAUGGAGGGGCCGGUCCCGCGGCCACCCGCCUGCCCAUCUGCCUGCUGAUUCAUUUACGAUCAUCUCUGUAAACUCAGGGAUGUCUUUCUGGGUGAGGCUCUGCAGGAAGAAGCGUGGAAGAUGGGUCACAGCUCAGUUGAUCUGUGGAUACACCCUCAGCAGCCCACAUCCACGCAUCUUGGUGACGAAGGCAGAGAGCAAUUAGGAGAGGAAUGAUGAGGGAGCCAAUGGACGAAGGAGCCCGAGAGGGUGCUGCUUUCCACCUCAUACCACCAACACCAGCAUCCGACGAACGUGCAUCAUCUCCCUGAGCCCCAGGUCCUCCCCUGACCUCACACCCAUCGACUGUACCAAUGGAAACUGGAGGCACACCAGCACUUCCUCCAUCAGAUACAGUUUUUGGCUGCACUCUCAUCUCUGGUGGCCCCACAGCAGAUGCUCCUACUCCUGCAGGUUACUCAUCCAACGUCUGUCUUUGGUCAGCAGAGGCAACCACUCCGAAAUCACUCUGCCAGUGACGGUUGUGGGUGAGGAGGUACCGAGGUGUGGUCAGCCUUCUCCGGUCUUUUGCUGGAUACCAUGACGGUGGCAGAAGCUCCCUCUUCCCUCUGGAGGAGCGCAGACUGAACUUCAGAUAUCCCAAGAGGCAAACGCAACCCUUCAACAGCUCACCCUUUUGCCUCAGGGCCCGAUUUGCCAGGGGGAUGCAGCUCCCAGCCUUUGAUCCUAACAAUGUGCAAGGGAAAACAUCCUGCCUGCCUUCUGAACUUGCACUGUCUUGGGCUGGGACUUGGCUCUGGCAAAGCUCCUCUCCGCAGGGCUUAGAUCAUCCCUCUCCUACGGAGAAUACCCACCAGCUGGAGGCCCCUCGCCGCCCAGGGACGCUCUCUCCCAAAGGCUCUCUUAACAGCCCCCCAAGGAUUUCUCUGGGCCACAAUAUUCCCCCAGACAAGCCUUUCUUCUCCUCCCGCCUUUCUUCAGUCAAGGAGCCCUCCGGGAUGAGCAGCGCUGUCAGGAUGGUGCCAAUUAGGCUGAGCUGGCUUCCAAGAGGCUGUGCUGGCCCCGGCCGGGGGCUGCUGUUGCUCAUAAAGAUCUGGCUUGAAGAACAUGGCCACUUCAGUGAGGACGUUCCCAGUUGCCUCGUGGACACCAACACCGGCUCCGGGGCUGGGAGAAAACACCACCGUGGUGGUGGAGGCAAAGUGUGUCUUCAACGAGGAGUUCAAGUUCAUCCUGCUGCCCGUCUCUUACAGUUUUGUCUUCGUGGUGGGACUGCUCCUAAACUCCUGGGCCCUGUGGUUGUUCAUCUGCAAGAUGAGGCCCUGGAAUGCCACAACUACAUACAUGUUCAACCUGGCUGUCUCUGACACACUCUACGUCCUCUCCCUCCCCACCCUGGUCUACUAUUACGCCGACCGCAACAACUGGCCCUUUGGGAAAUGGCUCUGCAAGAUCGUGCGCUUCCUCUUCUAUGCGAACCUCUACAGCAGCAUCCUCUUCCUGACGUGUAUCAGCGUCCACCGCUACGUAGGCAUCUGCCACCCCAUCCGCUCCCUGAAAUGGGUGAAAACCAAGCACGCCCGCAUCAUUUGUGUGAGUGCCUGGCUUGUCGUCAUCAUCUGUCUCAUCCCCAACCUCAUCUUUGUCACCACCAGCUCCAGGGGCAACAGCACCCUGUGCCACGACACCACCAAGCCUGAGGAGUUUGACCAUUACGUGCACUACAGCUCCUCCAUCAUGGCCCUCCUCUUCGGAGUCCCCUUCCUGGUGAUCGUCCUGUGCUACUGCCUGAUGGCCAAGAGACUCUGCAAGUCGAGCUUCUUCAGCCCUGGCCCCCGAAUGCCCUCCUACAAGAAGCGCUCCAUCAAGAUGAUCAUUGUCGUGCUCACAGUCUUCGCCAUCUGUUUCGUGCCCUUCCACAUCACCCGCACCAUCUACUACACCUCCCGCUACUUCCAAGCUGACUGCCAGACCCUCAACAUCAUCAACUUCACCUACAAGAUCACUCGGCCCCUGGCCAGCAUCAACAGCUGCCUCGACCCCAUCUUGUACUUCUUGGCUGGGGACAAGUACCGGGGGUUGAUGCACCGGGGGCCGGCCCAGCGCCUCCGGCCCGUGCCCACGUGUGACCUGGCCCUGGUGUCCCCCUCCACGGACGAUGGCCUGGGUGACAGCCACACUGCCAGUGACACUCGAGGGACAGGGACAGCACGGAGCAGAGGCGGGUGCUGAGGGUUCCGGUAACCUCAUCCUCGGUUUCCACAAGUUGCAGCCCCUCCAGGCUCCGUGUGGGCACUCCCGGGUCCCCAGGCCUGACCUCCUGCCCAGGCUCUGCAGGGCUGGUGGCCAUGGGGCUUGUCCCAGUGCUGGCCUGAGAUGCUGCGGGAGGGGGAUACUGGUGCCACGCGGGGCAGGACAGCCACCGGACUCCUGGGGGGAUGGGAAGGAUGCUGAGAAAGCCCUUUCUGGGCAGGCAGGCUGGUGUCCCAUCCCAUGGCACGGCGGGGGACACGUCGGGGCUGACAGGUCUCUAAAGAGAGGGGACACUGGUCCCUCCGUGGGCACACACAGCCCUGCCAGUCUGCUCGAUGGUGACAUGCCGGCAUAAGGACACGGAGCCGAUGCUGGGGUCCUGGUGUGCCCGGUGAAGGCUCUCGGGGAUGUCCCUGUCACAGUGCUGGCCUUGGGAGAGGAGUGACACAGCAUGGGGCACUCGCUGCCCAUCAUUGCCCAAUAAAGCCCCUUCCUCUUUCUCUACAC